ACCUUAGCGUAACCCACCUAAAGAGCGUGGUUGAGAUAACGUCUCAACCAUUUUGUAAACAAAAAAACUUUAUAAAACCAAUACCACAUGAUCGUGUCUCACUAGUUGCUCUGCUUAGUGUAUAACAAUAUAUAAUAUAUCUACCACACAUAUAUAGACGAAGCACGUCCAGUAAUCGACAAAAAUGGCCUCUCGAAGAAUCUCCGGCGUUAUCUCCCGUUCACUUUCUCUCCGUCCUCUUUCUUCUUCAAUCGUUUCUCAAGGAAAUAGAUCCAGUUUAGUACACAGAUUCACUACUGCUGCAGCACUUGAGGAACCGAUUACUCCGUCUGUUCGUGUUCAUGACACUCAGCUUCUGAUCAAUGGAAAAUUUGUUGAUUCAGCAUCAGGGAAGACAUUUCCGACUUUGGAUCCACGUACAGGGGAAGUCAUAGCCAAUGUCGCUGAAGGCGAUGCAGAAGAUAUCGACCGUGCGGUUGCUGCUGCUCGCAAGGCCUUCGAUGAAGGCCCAUGGCCCAAAAUGACUGCUUACGAGAGAUCGCGUAUACUACUAAGGUUUGCUGAUUUAGUGGAUCAACACAACGAUGACCUCGCAGCUCUCGAGACAUGGGACAAUGGGAAGCCUUAUCUACAGUCUGCUGAAACCGAAGUACCGAUGUUUUCACGUCUAUUUCGGUAUUAUGCUGGUUGGGCGGAUAAGAUCCAUGGGCUAACGGUUCCUGCUGACGGGCCUUACCAUGUGCAAACAUUGCAUGAACCAAUAGGGGUUGCGGGUCAGAUCAUUCCAUGGAACUUUCCUCUUCUUAUGUUUGCUUGGAAAGUUGGACCCGCUCUUGCUACUGGCAACACUAUUGUUUUGAAAACAGCUGAACAAACUCCAUUAACCGCUCUUUAUGCUGCAAGAUUGCUCCAUGAGGCGGGUCUUCCUCCUGGUGUUCUUAAUGUGGUUUCAGGCUACGGUCCGACUGCCGGUGCAGCUCUUGCGGGCCAUAUGGAUGUGGAUAAGAUUGCUUUUACUGGAUCGACAGACACUGGUAAAAUUGUUCAUGAAUUGGCUGCAAAAAGCAAUCUUAAACCAGCGACUUUAGAGCUUGGAGGGAAAUCGCCUUUUAUCGUGUGUGAAGAUGCUGACAUUGAUAAGGCUGUAGAACAAGCACACUUUGCUCUCUUCUUUAAUCAAGGUCAAUGUUGCUGUGCGGGUUCUCGUACAUUCGUUCAUGAGCGUGUCUAUGACGAGUUUCUGGAGAAAGCAAAAGCACGGGCUCAAAGCCGUAGCGUCGGUGAUCCUUUCCAAAAGGGCAUUGAACAAGGACCUCAGAUUGACUCGGAGCAAUAUGAAAAAAUUUUACGUUACAUAAAAUCUGGAAUUGAAAGCAAUGCUACCCUUGAAUGCGGAGGUGACAAAGUCGGGUCCAAAGGCUACUACAUCCAACCGACUGUUUUCUCUAAUGUUAAGGAUGAUAUGCUGAUAGCCCAAGACGAGAUCUUCGGCCCUGUUCAAAGCAUCUUGAAAUUCAAGGAGCUACCUGAGGUGAUAAAAAGGGCAAAUACGACCCGAUAUGGACUUGCAGCUGGUGUGUUCACUCAAAACAUUGAUGUGGCUAACACGUUGAGUCGUGCGUUGAGGGCUGGAACUGUUUGGGUGAAUUGCUUUGAUGUGUUUGAUGCUGCAAUCCCAUUUGGAGGGUACAAGAUGAGUGGUAUUGGAAGGGAAAAGGGUGUAUACAGCCUUAAUAAUUACUUACAGGUGAAGGCUGUUGUUACCUCCUUGAAAAAUCCGGCUUGGUUGUAAUUAUCCGAGAGAAUCGUAUGUUACAUUAGUCGCGGUGUUGUGUAACGAGAACAAGAAUAAUGUUAUUGUGUUUAUGCUAUUUUAUGUUUUCUAGUAAUGUAUAUCGAAUAAUGACCGCAACGAGAAUCUGAUUGGAAAGCAGUCAUAAAUGGGAAUUUAUAGUGUAGAUGGAAAAUUAACUCUUAAGGUGAUAUCUUAAUUGUACCAAAAUCAUUCUGAA